AUGUCUUUAGCAGUGACGCAGACUCAACAGCAGCACAGGGAGCUUGAUGCACCCAAGCUUGAUACUUCUCUCGCCCAAAGACACUCUCGAUCUCAAAUACAAUCUUUAUCCGUCGAGCCUCCCAUUUAUUCUCCCACAGCAGACGCCGACGAUUCUUCUCGCGAAAACACACCUACCACAACCAUGAUUCCCACACAGAGACAGCUCGCAGAAGCUCCUGCACUCCCAGCCAAGAGCGCACUCCGAGCUUCCAGAUGCCUCGAUGGCCUCCUAACUCAUAAGCUGGCCGAGGAUCAAGCACCCUUCUCUACUCACCACGAUGUCUACCUUUCCUCCGAGGAAGAUGCUUCCUCUUCCGCCGAUGACUUUUCCGAUUUCGAAUCCGACUCUGGUAGCGAUGGAUCGCGGGCUUUGGACCGAAGAGGUAGCCGUGAGGAUACCGCAAAGAUGGUUUCAGUGGUCUACGCUGGAAAGCCUUCAGUGAUUGAUCUGCCUCGUCGAUCAGCUUCUCCUAGCCUCAUCAGCGAAGCUUCUUCUCGACCUUCGUCUAGAAUGUCUACUUCAUCCCGACCUCCUAGCUGCCUCCGCAGAACCUCUACUCUCCCCGUCACACUUCCUGUUCUCGACCGACGAAUGUCAUUCUACACCACAUCUUCCGGCUCUGUCCUACACCCUCCACGAACGAGCAGCAUGGGCACCGGCCGUCUUGAGAAGCAACGACCCGAUUUCCUCAGCAUUGACCCAUUUGCAGCCAAGGCUAGGCCUGAAACCAGGGACGAGCCCACCGAGAGACCAAAGACACCAAAGACACCUACUGGUGUGUUCAAGCGCACACUAAGCUUAGUCAAGAAGCGAAGCCGACCUUCGCUCAACACAUCCUUUGCCAGCCAAUCCAGGGACAACCUUUCUCUCUUUACACCUACCCUACCUAUGGAGCAGGUUCGAGAGGAGUCAAGUAACGACUUCGGGGACAGGGCCCCCAAGCCUAUCCUGCAAAAGGCUCCUACCUACCACGAGUUCGCCCAAAGGAGGAUGUCUUCAGCUCCCAUGUCGCCCAUGUCACCUAUGUCGGAACCCGCAUCGCCAAUGACACCCAACAGCACCCGCAGCCGUUUAAGGCAGGGAUUGGCGGCGGCGGCGCGACGACGAAGCGUCAAGGUUUAA